AUGGAGGGUGAACCAUUCAAAGAUGAUGUUGCUCUUUUGGAGCGCCUGAAUGCUCUGAAACCAUCUAGCGUUCAGCUGGGGCGAACACCUCUCCCCAUUGAAUUUUCGGAUACAGAUGCGCAGGAAGCACCGGUUGGCGACUUGUCGACGCGUUUCAUCGGACUUGGUACCUCCACUACAUUAGGGCCAUCUGAACUCCAGCAAGACGAUAUAGGCUCUUUCAUUACAUCUGGAGAUGAGAUAGAAGGACUUCUUUCAGACCUGCAAAGCAAGAUCUGGGAAAAAUCCCAAGAGCUAGAUAAUGCAGAGGAUGUUGAAUGUUUGCUGAGGGAGACUAGGGGGUUUUUACAUUCUGCUUCCCAGUACCAGGACCUGAAAAACCAUGUCAGACAUUCGCCGCAGCCAGUUGCCACCAAAGCAAGUGAUAGUAAUGAUUGCUCAGAAGAUAGGGAUGCUGAUGAUUACCUCCAAAGGGUUCUUGAUGAGGUCAGUGCGGAGGAUAAUCCAACAAAGGCGGCAGGGUCAUCAGCAGCCGCUCCCUCCGAACCCAAAACGCCCGACAAAACCACAACCCGAAGCAAUUCAAAGCCAGAUACAGAAGCACCCGCACCUCCGUCAACCUCACUAUCAUCUAUCCUAGACCUCCCCGCAACCCCAUCUAGCAUUAUCCCCCCACAACGACACGAACACCAACCCGAACUAGAUACCACCUCACCAGACCUCCCUUCCGCACCAAAAUUUGCACCCGCAGAAAGCCCUAUCCAUAUCAUCAAUAAUCGGCACAGCAGACGCUGCAAAGACGUCGAUGAUAAUCUGAAGCCGUUUUGGUGUUGUAUUUGCAGUGACGAUGCGACGAUAAAAUGCCUUGAUUGCGAUUCGGAGUUGUUGUAUUGUAUUCGUUGUUGGAUGGAGACACAUGUUGACGAAGGGAGUGUGGAGGAGAGGGGGCAUCGGAAAGUAAAGUUUGAGAGGGAGAGGUAA